AUGCCUCUCGGAGAGAACGCCAAAGAGACUCUUGCAGAUAUUCCUACAUCAUUUUUUACGGGAUUUCAGCCAAAGAAUGAAUGGGAUAUGUACAAGAAAAUGGCACAAUUCUUUGGUAACAGUAGCGCACCUAACUUCCCGGGCAUCAAGAUAGUUGAUACCUCAGCUCAUCCGGACCCGGCCUCCAAGCCUGGUGCGAAGGUUAAGCCAGACAUGUGUGUGUACCACGAACAGCUACGGAUCAAGAGUACCACUCCGACGCGCCUAGCCAACUCCCUCACCGGCGUAGAGGCCAAUGACGAGUACGUGGAAAUCUUCAACGAUAGUACGGACCCGCGUGUAGCGACAAUGGAAGACGCGCCCUUCGAGGUAGAUACGGACAAGGCGAUUGUGGCUCGCGGACAGCUAGUCACGUAUGCCGUGGAAAUUUGUGCUCGUCAGCAUCGAACCCACUUGUUCCUCGUCUACAUCUACUUCCCAUACGCCCGUUUGAUUCGAUUUGACAGGUCGGGGGCCCUCGUUUCCGAGAGGUUAAAUUUCACUAAAGAUUGCACACCCUUGAACCGCUUCUUCUCGCGGUUCUGCCGUAUGGACGAUAUUGCUAUAGGAUACGACCCGACGGUACACGUCACCAGUGAGGCGGAAGCCAAGUUCGCUCGUAAGCAUCUCGCUGCCUGGGCUCCAGACCCGAAGCUUGAACGAUCUGUUUUUAAAAUGGAUGUGCACGACGACCAGUCCGGCCAAGCUCGUCAGUUUCUCGUCUGGGGAUCCCUCGCAGAUCCGGAAUCGCCUCUCGGCAGAGCUACGCGUGGUUACCCUGCGAUGGAGUGGCGUUCUCUUGCAUUGUGCCCGGAGAUCGAGACACUUCAAAAGAUUAACAAAGCGGGAGUGCACUUCGUCCCGACACUCGUAUGCGGUGGCGACCUUCCCAGUCAACUCACGAAAACCCAGGACUAUGCCUCCAUGUUCGACGGAAGAAUCGGCGACAAACGCCUUGAUCCGAGGCAGCACGUCCGUUUUGUGGUGAAAGAAGUCGGUUCUCCCCUGGAACGCUUUUCGUCGUCGAAGCAGAUGCUUCAAGCCGUGAAUCAUGCUCUCCAAGGUCACAAAGAAGCGUACGAACUAUGCGACGGUACCGGCCUCCUGAAUGACUGGGACAUGGCGGUCGUUGAGAAGGAUAUCAAAGAUGGCCCUAGGGCGCACGAGCGCACUGGUACCUGGGCCUUCAUGUCCAUCGCCAUGUUGAAAAGGGAGAGACGCCCCCACGGAGUCUGCGACGACCUAGAAUCCUUCUUCUGGGUGAUUCUGUACUACAGCCUUUCCUACCUACCACACAACAGGGUCAAAGACCUCGACUCUAUCAUACAGGUCAUUUUCGAGCAGUACGAUUGGUCACAUAAAGGCGGCAGCGGGAAAAGAGAUUUCUUGAUGUUUGGAGAGCAUAUCGGAGAGCGUGAUGAACGCCCUUUAGAGUUCGCGGGUAACCUCGUCCUCACGGAAUUCGUGAAGAAGAUGGUCGCGGUGUUUCAGGCGCAAUACUCCUUCCUCAUGAUGCGACCACAAGAAAGUACUCAAAUGAUGCACAAGGACGUACAGCCCAUUUGGGACGAAGCAUUGGACUCCAUUUGGCCAGAGAACGACGCUGCCAAAAAGCAGCAUGUUCUGAAAACUGCAGUCAAACGGGCUGUCCCCGAUCAUGAGGACGACGGUGGCCGACAGAGGGAGAAGAAGCUGAGGACGUAUGCAUGA